AGAGAGAGAGAGAGAAGCUGGAUCCGACUGGGAGUGUGGAUGGCUCCGUCGUUUGAGUUCCCCGAAACCCUGAGAGGCUUGGAAGACGACACCCAAGACAACCGCCUCUUCGCUCGGAACCCAAUCGACAUCGCUUCUCUUCCCCCCUCCCAACUCGAUGACUUGGUCAAAGGCGUAUCCUUUGACCUCUCCGAUAAAGAGCUGUUUUGUAUAGAAGAGCAAGAUGUGUUUGAUCGUGUGUACUCACUGGUUCGGGGUUACAGUCGUCUACCUGCAACUUGUAAACUUAAUCUUGUAGAGAGUCUUCGCUCCAAUUUGAGUGUUCUCCUCCCAAAUGUUGAUUCACUCUCACGGGCUUCUUCUCAAAGUCAGGAGGAUGCCACUCCGGUGCUGGAUCGGGUUGCAUCACAUCGUAAUGCUUUCAAAAUCUACACCUUCUUCCUCCUUACUGUUGUCCUCAAUGAGGAGGUUACUAUCAGUUCCAGCAACUAUAUGAAGGUGACAGCUAGUACCAGGAAGAAGCAACCUAAGAAUUCAUGGAACUGGGAGCCACAAAGGGGUCGUAUACUUAAUCUGAUUGCUAAUUCACUGGAGAUAAAACUUGCAUUGCUCUUUAGUCCAACAGGCCUAGAAGAAAAUUAUAUUUCUUUUAUUGCCAAAAAUGCAUUUUCUUUGUUUGAAAAUGCUACAGUACUAAAAGACUCUGAUACAAAAGAUGCUUUGUGUCGUAUAAUUGGGGCAUGUGCUACAAAAUACCAGUAUAUGGCACAAUCAUGUGCCUCGAUCAUGCACCUAGUUCACAAAUAUGAUUUUGUUGUUACCCACAUUGCCGAUGCGGUUGCUGGCGCUGAGAAGAAGUAUGCAGAUGGAAGCCUAGCUAAUUCUCUUAUCAGAGAGAUUGGGAGGACAAAUCCAAAAGACUACAUCAAGGAUACAGUUGGGGCUGAAAAUGUUGGUCGUCUUUUGGUGGAACUUUCUGAUCGGUUACCAAAGUUGAUGUCUGUAAAUAUUGGUCUUCUUGUCCCACAUUUUGGUGGGGAAUCUUAUAAAAUAAGGAAUGCUCUUGUUGGGGUAUUGGGAAAGUUGGUUGCAAAGGCUUUUAUAGAUGCUGAGGGUGAAGUUAAUUCUAAAUCUGUUCGUCUUCGAACCAAGCAAGCCAUGUUGGAAAUUUUGCUUGAGCGAUGUCGAGAUGUAUCAGCUUAUACCCGGAGUCGGGUUCUUCAAAUUUGGGCUGAACUAUGUGAAGAACAUUGUGUUUCAAUUGGGUUGUGGAAUGAGCUGGCUGAAGUUGCUGCUGGGAGGUUAGAGGAUAAGAGUGCAAUGGUCAGAAAAUCAGCACUAAAUUUACUUAUCAUGAUGUUGCAGCAUAACCCAUUUGGCCCACAACUUCGAAAAGCUUCAUUUGAAGCAACCCUACAGCAGUACAAGAAGAAGCUGAAAGAGCUUGAACCAGAUACUCCCUCUGAAAAUGAUAUGAACAGAUUACCAUCUUUCAAUAAUACAUCGGGGAAUAAUGAGGUUGAUGACUUAACUGCAGGGUUGAAUAAGGUGCAGCUGGAUAGCUUACCUGAUAGUUGCUUGCCUGAGAUGGAAGAAGAUCUAAUUCAGAAAGACGGGUCUGUCCCAGAUGUUGGUAACUUAGAACAGACCAGGGCUUUGGUAGCUUCACUUGAGGCUGGACUGAGAUUUUCAAAGUGUAUAUCUGCUACAAUCCCAACACUUGCUCAGUUGAUGGCAUCAUCUUCUGCCACUGACGUUGAGAACACAAUUAAUUUGUUAAUGAGGUGCCGGCAGUUUCAUAUUGAUUCCUCAGAAGCAUGUCUCCAUAAGAUGUUGCCACUGGUAUUUUCUCAGGACAAAUCCAUCUAUGAAGCUGUGGAAAAUGCCUUCAUUACAAUUUACAUAAAGAAAAACCCGGUAGAAGCGGCCAAGAAUCUUAUAAAUCUUGCAAUAGAAUCAAAUAUUGGAGAUCUAGCUGCCCUUGAGUAUAUAGUUGGUGCCUUGGUGUCCAAAGGCAACAUAUCCAGUGGUGCGGUAUCAGCGUUAUGGGAUUUCUUUUGCUUCAACAUAAGUGGAACUACUGCUGUUCAAAGUUGUGGGGCAUUGUCUAUCCUAUGCAUGGCAUCAAAAUCAUCCUCUACAGUUCUGAGCUCUCAUUUACAGGAUAUUAUUGAUAUUGGGUUUGGCCGUUGGGCAAAAAUAGAACCGUUGCUUGCCAGGACAGCUUGCAUUGCUCUUCAGAGAUUAUCUGAAGAUGAUAGGAAAAAGCUGUUAUUGAGUAAUGGAAGCAGGGUUUUUGGUAUUUUAGAAAGCUUGGUUACUGGUUUUUGGCUUUCAGAAAACAUAUGGUAUGCCGCUGCUGACAAAGCCAUAGCUGCUGUAUAUACAAUUCAUCCAACACCGGAAACUUUUGCCGCCAAUCUAGUAAAGAAGUCCCUAAGAUCUGUGUUUGAUUGUAGUGGAGGUGAGGAGUUGCAGAAUGAAAUUGGCAGUGGAAGUGUUGGAAUACUUGCUACCAUUCAGGUGGAAAGACUUGGUAGAUAUCUCUUUGUCGUAAGUCAUGUUGCCAUGAACCAACUACUAUAUAUUGAAUCCUGCCUGCGAAAGGUUCAAAAACAAAAAGUUGGCAAAGAGAAGAUAAAUUAUGAUUUUCAGCAAGCUAAUGGUGCAAUGCCGGCUGAUAGCUCAAAGGAAAUUGGUAUAAAUGCUGAGCUUGGCCUUACCGCCUCUGAAGAUGCAAUACUUGAUACUCUCUCUGACAAAGCAGAAAAAGAAAUAAUUGGUGGUGGUUCCUUGGAGAGGAAUUUGAUUGGACACUGUGCACCCUUUUUGUCAAAACUUUGUAGAAAUUUUAGUUUGAUGCAAAAGUAUCAGGAACUUCAAGUAUCUGCAAUGCUUGCUUUGUGUCGGUUCAUGAUUAUUGAUGCAAAUUUCUGUGACACAAAUCUCCAGCUACUCUUCACAGUUGUGGAGAGUGCACCAUCAGAAAUUGUCCGUUCCAAUUGCACUAUUUGUCUUGGAGAUUUGGCAGUUCGGUUCCCUAAUUUAUUAGAACCAUGGACAGAGAAUAUGUAUUCCAGGUUAAAGGAUCCUUCAGUUUCGGUUAGGAAGAAUGCUGUUUUGGUGCUUUCACACCUCAUACUAAAUGACAUGAUGAAGGUCAAAGGUUACAUAAAUGAAAUGGCCAUUAGAUUAGAAGAUGAAGAUGAGAGGAUUUCAAAUCUGGCUAAGCUUUUCUUUAAUGAGUUAUCUAAAAAAGGGAGCAAUCCAAUAUAUAAUCUACUUCCAGAUAUACUUGGGAAACUAUCCAACCAGAAUCUGAAGAGAGAAUCUUUCUGCAACAUCAUGCAGUUUUUGAUUGGUUCUAUCAAGAAGGACAAACAAAUGGAGUCUCUUGUUGAAAAGCUUUGUAAUAGAUUCAGUGGAGUUACAGAUGUCAGACAAUGGGAAUAUAUUUCUUAUUGCCUCUCUCAGCUGGCAUUCACUGAAAAGGGAAUGAAGAAGCUUAUGGAGUCAUUCAAGACAUAUGAACACGUCCUAUCAGAGGAUUCUGUGAUGGACCAUUUCAAGUCCAUAAUAAACAAGGGCAAGAAGUUUGCAAAGCCUGAACUUAAACUGUGCAUUGAGGAGUUUGAGGACAAGCUAAAUAAGUUUCACUUGGAAAAGAAAGAACAAGAAGUGACAGCAAAGAAUGCCCAAAUUCAUCAACAGAAGAUUGACAGUAUGGAAGAUUUUGUGGUUACUAGGAAUGCUGGCGAGGCUAAUAUAGAAUCAGAUAUUGAUGAAGAUGGUGAAGUCAUUGAUCCAUGUAAUGAAGGGAUGACCAAUUCUGUGAAUGAGACGUCAAAAACUGCACAUGUCGAGUCGCAAGAACAUUCUGUUGUUUCCAGUGAUUUGUCAGAAUCAGAACCGGAUGAUACUGAAAUUCAGUCACCAAAUGUCGUCUUGAGAGGAGACUUAAAAGCUGGAUCUAAGACUAGCACAUGAAAGAUCGAAAAAGUCAUUUGCCUGCAUCAUCAAGAAGAAACACCAGGUCAAAGCAAAGGUAGAAUCAGUCAAAGUUCUUCAGACAAAUCAACUGUGAGUAGGAGUCUUAGUUUGCAGUCUGAGUUGCUUGAAGUGUUUGUUAUAUAUGCCGUCAUCACUGUAACAAUUUAAGGGAAGCCAAAUAUCAUACUGGUAUUAAACGUGACUUCUGUAUGACCCAACUUUGCUUCUAGUCCUGUAUAUAUAAAAAGCUUCUAUCGUUUUGUAGUACGUAACAACAUCCAUCUAUUAUGAAACUAUAUCCUCUUGUUUUCCAUACCUAACUAAACAACACUCGUCAUACUUGCUUAGGUUAUGAAAAUUGCAGAUUUCAGACAUUGACAGAGAAGGUAUAAUCCGAGGGGAAUGAUUCUUAUCAUCAUUGUUACUUUUUUCUUUAAUCUUGGA